GAAGAGGCGUAUGUCCACUUUAAACAAUUUUCAAUUCGAUUUUAAUAAAAAAUCCAUAUGCAAUUGCAGAUUUAUUGGCGAACUCUUUAGAAAGGGUGCUGUUCCAGAAAAAGUUAUUUUGUCAUGCAUUAGAGAUUUAAGCAAAGAAAAUUAUGAAAAUUAUGAACUACAAAUGCAUUGUUUAUGUACAAUACUACAACUAGCAGGACCAAUAUUAUCAAAAACGUCAUAUGAUUUGAACAGACUAGUGAAUAAGCAUUUACCAUCUAUAAAGAACCAUGGAAUGUCAUCAAAACUAAAAUGUUUAAUACAGCAAGUAAAAAUAAUGCAUUCCAAGGGUUGGAUGGAUGAGGGUAAUUUUUUUUAGUUUUAAAAUAAUUUAAAAAACUACUGCUGUAUAAGUGUUGAGUGUACCUCAUUAUUGAGUCACUGUAAUGGAUGUGUUAGCAUUUUUUUUUUUAUAUACAUAUAUAAUAAUCAGACUUAACCUAUAAAUCUGCAGCUAUCAAGAUUAAUAAUUUGUAAUAAAUGUUCCAAGUAUAGAAAACAUUGGAUCCAAUAUGAUAUAGGCACAUUUUAUAUUUUUGUAAACUGA